GUGUCUGCAGUGUGGGCGGGGGCCGGGGGCCGCGGCGGGCUCCGAGCGAGCGGGGCCCAACAUGGCGGAGAGAGAGGUGGAGUCCGGCCCCCGAAAGAGGUUUGAACAAAAAAGUGGUGCAGCUUUCGAUGAAAUUGUAGAGAACUGUGGUGGUAUCAUGGAUACAGAAAUGUCUGAAGAUAUAGACCACAACUUAACUCCUACCCUUGACAGCAUGUCUUAUGGAAUGCCGAAUCAAACAGGAUCUGAGAAUUCAUUGCUGGAUGAAGAUGAUUAUUUUUUGAACUCUGGGGAUCUUGCGGGAAUUCCAGUCGUUGGUAGUGACAAUGAGGAUGAACAGGAUUUUAGUUCGAAGGACAAUAUUGUUUCUUCCAUACAUACUGAUGAUAGCUUGGAAGUAGAGAGAAGACCCACUCAGCAUGAAUCAGACAAUGAAAAUGAAAUACAAAUUCAAAAUAAAUUAAAAAAAGACUUUCCUAAACAAUUUGAUCAGGUUUCUGUCUUUAAAUCAAUACGGAAAGAUUUUAGUCUAGUAAGAGAAAACAGCAAAGAGACAUUUUCUGGAAAGGAGAAAAAUAGAGAUCUAACUUAUGAACAUGAAAAACGGUUGGAUAAACCCCAUAAAGAUUUGGAUUCAAGGUUGAAAAGCAGUUUUUUUGAUAAAGCAGCUAAUCAAGUUGAAGAAACAUUACAUACCCAUUUACCACAAACCCCAGAAACAAACUUUAGGGAUUCCAGCUAUCCGUUUGCCAAUAAAGAAUCCAUUGGUUCGGAACUGGGGAAUUCCUAUGCAUCAAAUCUUAGGAUUAAAGAAGAGCCUUUGGAUGAUGAGUAUGACAAAGCAAUGGCACCUCAGCAGGGACUUCUAGACAAAAUUAAAGAUGAACCUGAAAAUGCUCAAGAGUAUAGUCAUGGCCAGCAGCACAAAACUCAAGAGGGGGAACUGAAAAUCAGUGCUGUGUUUUCAGUCAGUGGCAGUCCUCUUGCUCCACAGUUGACUACUGGCUUUCAGCCAUCACUGGCAUCAUCUGGCAUGAAUAAAAUGCUUCCUUCAGUUCCAGCCACAGCUAUUCGAGUUUCCUGUUCUGGUUGUAAAAAAAUCCUCCAAAAGGGGCAAACUGCUUACCAGAGGAAAGGGUCUACUCAGCUUUUCUGCUCUACACUGUGCCUGACUGGAUACACAGUCCCACCUGCCCGCCCACCACCUCCUCUCACCAAGAAAACUUGUUCAAGUUGCUCAAAAGAUAUUUUAAACCCAAAAGAUGUGAUCAGUGCCCAGUUUGAAAAUACCACCACCAGUAAGGAUUUUUGCAGUCAGUCAUGUUUAUCAACAUAUGAACUGAAAAAAAAACCUAUUGUUACUAUAAAUACAAACAGUAUUUCAACCAAGUGCAGCAUGUGUCAGAAGAAUGCUGUGAUUCGACAUGAAGUCAACUAUCAGAAUGUGGUCCAUAAACUGUGCAGUGAUGCCUGCUUCUCGAAGUUUCGCUCUGCUAACAACCUCACUAUGAACUGUUGUGAGAACUGUGGGGGUUACUGUUACAGUGGCUCUGGGCAGUGCCACAUGCUUCAGAUUGAAGGACAGUCCAAGAAGUUUUGUAGUUCAAUGUGUGUCACCUCAUACAAGCAGAAAUCAGCCAAAAUUACACCAUGUGCGCUUUGCAAAUCAUUGAGAUCCUCAGCAGAAAUGAUUGAAAAUACCAAUAGCUUGGGGAAAACAGAACUUUUCUGUUCUGUUAAUUGCUUAUCUGCUUACAGAGUUAAAAUGGUUACUUCUGCAGGUGUACAAGUUCAGUGUAACAGUUGUAAAAUCUCAGCAAUCCCUCAGUAUCACCUAGCCAUGUCAGACGGAAGUAUACGCAACUUCUGCGGCUACACUUGUGUGGUAGCUUUCCAGAAUUUGUUCAACAAACCAACGGGAAUGAAUUCUUCCGUAGUACCCUUGUCUCAGGGUCAAGUAAUUGUGAGCAUUCCCACUGGUUCAACAGUGUCAGCAAGUGGAGGAAGCACCUCUGCCGUCUCGCCCACCACCAUCAGUAGUUCUGCUGCUGCUGGUCUCCAGCGUCUAGCUGCCCAAUCUCAGCAUGUUGGGUUUGCACGAAGUGUUGUGAAACUCAGGUGUCAACACUGUAACCGUCUUUUUGCCACAAAACCAGAACUUCUUGACUAUAAGGGUAAAAUGUUUCAAUUCUGUGGCAAGAAUUGUUCUGAUGAAUAUAAGAAAAUAAAUAAUGUAAUGGCAAUGUGUGAAUAUUGUAAAAUUGAGAAAAUUUUAAAGGAGACUGUGCGAUUCUCAGGUGCUGACAAGUCAUUUUGUAGUGAAGGUUGCAAGUUACUUUAUAAACAUGACUUGGGAAAACGCUGGGGAAGUCACUGUAAAAUGUGCAGUUACUGUUUACAGACAUCUCCCAAACUAAUACAGAAUCAUCUGGGUGGAAAGGUGGAAGACUUCUGCUGUGAGGAGUGCAUGUCUAAGUACACCGUGCUCUUCUAUCAGAUGGCCAAAUGUGAUGGUUGUAAAAGACAGGGUAAACUCAGUGAGUCCUUGAAAUGGCGAGGGGAAAUAAAACAUUUUUGUAACCUGCUUUGUAUCUUGAUGUUCUGCCAUCAGCAAAGUAUAUGUGACCCACCUUCACAAAACAAUGCAGCAAGUAUUUCCAUGGUCCAAGCCACUUCUGCAGGGCCCCCGACAUCACUCAGAAAAGAUUCAACUCCAGUUAUUGCUAAUGUAGUAUCUUUGGCAAGUGCUCCUGCUGCUCAGCCUACAGUGAAUUCUAACAGUGUCUUACAAGGUGCAGUUCCAACAGUAACAGCAAAGAUCAUUGGGGAUGCAAGUACACAAACAGAUGCCCUGAAACUGCCACCUUCUCAACCUCCAAGGCUUUUGAAGAACAAAGCUUUAUUGUGCAAACCCAUUACACAGACUAAAGCUACUUCAUGCAAACCACAUACUCAGAACAAAGAAUGCCAGACAGAAGACACUCCAAGCCAGCCCCAGCUUAUUGUGGUGCCAGUUCCCGUGCCAGUGUUUGUACCUAUACCUCUUCAUCUUUAUACCCAGUAUGCUCCUGUUCCCUUUGGGAUUCCAGUUCCAAUGCCUGUUCCCAUGCUCAUUCCAUCCUCAGUGGAUAAUGAGGAUAAAAUCACAGAGAGCAUUGAAGAUAUUAAGGAAAAACUUCCUUCACAUCCAUUUGAAGCUGAUCUCCUUGAGAUGGCAGAAAUAAUUGCAGAAGAUGAAGAUAAAGAAAAGACCCUGUCCCAGGGAGGAUCUCAAACUUCGGAACAGGAACUCUUUCUUGACACCAAGAUAUUUGAAAAAGACCAAGGAAGUACAUACAGUGGUGACCUUGAAUCUGAGGCAGUAUCUACUCCACAUAGCUGGGAGGAAGAACUGAAUCAUUAUGCCCUAAAAUCAAAUGCUUUGCAAGAAACUGAUUCAGAACUGAAACAGUUCUCAAAAGGGGAAACUGAACAGGACCUGGAGGCCGAUUUUCCAUCAGAAUCCUUUGACCCACUUAAUAAAGGACAGGGAAUCCAAGCUCGUUCCCGAACAAGACGACGACAUAGAGAUGGCUUCCCCCAGCCAAGACGAAGAGGGCGGAAGAAGUCUAUAGUAGCUAUGGAGCCCAGGAGUCUUAUUCAAGGAGCCUUUCAAGGGUGUUCGGUGUCUGGGAUGACACUGAAAUACAUGUAUGGGGUGAACGCCUGGAAGAACUGGGUUCAGUGGAAAAAUGCCAAGGAAGAGCAGGGUGAUCUCAAGUGUAGUGGAGGUGAGCAUGCUGUGGCCAGCCCAUGUUCUGACUCCUUAGGAAGUGCUCAAGACCAGUCACUUUCGCAAGAAGCCUCAGAGCCAGGCUAUAAAGUCCGCUCUAUUAAGCUGAAGGAAGAUAUUCUGGCCUGCACUUUUGCUGAGUUGAGUUUGGGUUUAUGCCAAUUUAUCCAAGAGGUGCGGAGACCAAAUGGCGAAAAAUAUGAUCCAGACAGUAUCUUAUACUUGUGCCUUGGAAUUCAGCAGUACCUGUUUGAAAAUGGUAGAAUAGAUAACAUUUUCACUGAGCCCUAUUCCAGAUUUAUGAUUGAACUUACAAAACUCUUGAAAAUAUGGGAACCUACAAUACUUCCUAAUGGCUACAUGUUCUCUCGCAUUGAAGAAGAGCAUUUGUGGGAAUGCAAACAGCUGGGGGCUUACUCUCCAAUCGUCCUGUUAAAUACUCUCCUUUUUUUCAAUACCAAAUACUUUCAACUAAAGAAUGUCACUGAGCACUUGAAGCUUUCCUUUGCCCAUGUGAUGAGACGGACCAGGACUCUAAAGUACAGUAGCAAGAUGACAUAUCUGAGGUUUUUCCCACCUUUACAGAAGCAAGAGUCAGAGCCAGAUAAACUAACUAUUGGCAAGAGGAAACGAAAUGAAGAUGAUGAGGUUCCAAUGGGUGUAGAGAUGGCAGAGAAUACGGACAAUCCUCUGAGAUGCCCUGUCCGGCUCUAUGAGUUUUACUUGUCAAAAUGUUCUGAAAGUGUGAAGCAGAGGAAUGAUGUGUUUUACCUUCAGCCUGAGCGUUCCUGUGUCCCGAAUAGCCCCAUGUGGUACUCAACAUUCCCAAUCGACCCUGGCACCCUGGAUACCAUGCUCACGCGUAUUCUCAUGGUGAGAGAGGUACAUGAAGAGCUUGCCAAAGCCAAACCUGCAGACUCUGAUGGUGAAUUGUCAGAUUAAGAUGGAAGUCAGGACCCUAGUUUCAUACAUGCUAGUACGCACCAAACUGUGAAGGCAUCCUGCUGUUGGGAAGAGAUGUGUAAAUCCAAGUCCUCUUAGGAGACACUGGAAAGCAGAUGACUUCUGAACCACAGUGUGGAUGUACAAAUGAGAACUGAGGGAAGGAAUAUGAACUAAGAAUGUGGCAAUGAUAGAGUUCAUAGACACCUUCGAAUGACUAACCAAUUUCUCUGAGUGGUGCAUAAUCUUAUUUUGUUUGGGAAUAACAAAUUGUGGAAUAUUUUUAAGGAAAGUUGUAUAAAACUCUACCAUAGUAACCUUAGACCUUAGAGAGGUAACUUUGGAGUGAGACCUUGGCUGCAGUAAGCUAGUUAAGCGAGCCCUCUAUAAAGAUCAGGGGAGAAGUCCAUAUCAGAUGAGAACAGUGGGACCCAGCCUUGAAGAUCCAAUUAAAAAAAAAAAAUCUCAACUUUUUAAAAUGAUCAUGAAGUGGUCUUGAUUGAUUUUCACUGCCAUGCCAAUUAUGAAAAGGACAGAAGCUUCUGGUACUCCCACCACAGGCCCCUUUCAUCAGGACAGUGUCCUUCACUGCUGUCACUGUAGCAGUGGCUCUGAACCGUCCACUUUGCUGAGUCUAGCCUUCUCAGCUGUGGGCCUGGAUGUGGGUAAUUGAAGGUAAAGAGGAUGAUAUUCCACAAACUAAUUACAUACACAGAAGAUCUGUGUAGCCCGUUAGACCCCAAGUGUCUUGAAAUGUUUGUAGAAAACCCUAAAAUACCCACUUCUCUGGGUGCAGGCCUUUAUCGCUGCUCUCCUAGCCCGAGCUAUGGAGCACAGAAGUGGGGGCUCUCCUUUUGUUUUCUGUUUUUUUUUUCCCCAAUGGCAGCUUUUCUCCCAUUGUUUUGCCUUUUUAGUUCCCAAAGGAUUCUUAAUUGUCCUUUGUACCAGUUUUUGGAGGCCCUUGUCAUUUCAAGUGGAUGAGUCUUCUUAACUCCGGCAAACCUGUGGGGACUCCGCAGAGACACAGUAUUACAUAGCAAUCCCAGCGCUGGUAGGAAAGGUCUUGUUAUGUUCCUGUGUAAAGCAUCGGGAAGAUGACGUUGUUACCCUGAGGAACUUGAGAAUAGGGAUUCUGGGGGUGGGGUACAAAGACACUGAUUGUGUAGCACAUCCGUAAGCAGGUCUUCUUACAGCAGUGUCCCGGACUCCAGCUGUCCUAGUGGGUGCGUGAGGGUUGAGAGUCAUGGCCAUGUACGGCGCCAUCAGUCCUGUCCCCCCAUUUCCAGUCUCGGUUUCUUCCCCACAGAAUUUUGAAUCAAGACUUUCAGUGAUUUUGGCCACUUACAGAACUUUUUAAUUGAACUUAAUUUGAACGUACAGUAAAAUUCAGAGAAGUCAAAACGAUUCUUAGUUUAACCGUAAAAGACUUGCAGUAUGUCCCAUAUUUUAGGUGGGGGUAGCAAGUGGUUUGUUUUUGUUUUUAAAUAAAUACAACAAAAUUUUAAAAUACCCUUUUGACAUUGUGUACUUGAUGGUUCUGUUCUUCUGCUUGCAACAAUAUUUUUGUCACCAAGAACUGUGUGGAAGAAGUAAAUCUACCCCAAUUCUGUAUGAUGAAAUCCGUUUGUGUUUGUCACUUCUGACUGGGAAACUUCAUACUUCUAGACCUUGUUUGAUUGGAGGAAAAGCAAUUGGAUGUCUAACAAGUCUGCCAAUAAACCAUCCAGAAAUAUCAGGUGUAA